GUUCACUAUAUAGAGAGCUCGGUGAGCUGAUCAGAGAGAAAGCAUUCUGCCAGCCCAGCGCCUCCAAAUCGCAAUCACUUCCUAACCUCCCCCUUUUCAUCAUAUUUGAUCACUUUGAUUCUCCGUUCUCUUCUCUUAUUAUUUCUGCUACACGCAAAGGAAGCUCAGUAGGUUGUGCUCUCUUUUUUUGUUUCCUUAUCGCUGCCGCUCGCCUGGAGAGUUGACUUCAUAUUUGACUCGAGCACGCAGGCUUGGUUUUGCGCGCGGCGGCGGCUAGCGCUACCUCAUCUGGAAGAAAAAAAAGGAAGAAGCGGCGAUAUUUGGGUCCAGUUGUUGGGUUUUCUACAACACUUCAAGACUGGAACUUGGUGUGCCGCUCGCCAGUUUGUGUAAUCUACACGAGCUCUUGUAUUUUCCGCGAGUCUGAACGUCGCUAAGUUAUACUGGCCCCGUGUCUGUAGCAGACUCUUGCUCUUCUUUAGUCGUCGUAUUUAUUUUCCACUUUUAUUUUUUUUUUUCUUCCACGGCUUUCCUGGAUGGAUGACUGCAGGCGCCCCUGGACGUGGCCUCUAAGAGCAGGACUGCGAUUCGGCUCGUCUUCGUGUCAGUUGUAACCGCUGCCAAGUCCCGAAAGCGGGCUACGCUUCGCCGUCGGCGCGCGACUUUCAGUGGGAUAAAAGCACAGGGUGCAGUAUUUCUUCGCCCGAUCAACAAACCUCGACGUGCUGCGUUGCUUUAGAACCAGGGCCACCAGGACACGGCAGCAACAAAACAAGACAAAAAGAAACCAAACAAAGCAAAACAAAACAAAAAAACAAAAACAAAACGGACGACACAAAGUUGCUGACUGAUUAGAUAUGGCAAUGGUAGUGUGGAGAGGCUCCCAGGACGAUGUGGCCGAGACGCAGGGCGCCCUCUCAUCGCAAGCCGGACUAACCCUUGCGACCCCUCAGCCGGGCCAGCUGAACCUCACGGCCUCGCAGGUCGCGCCUCCGACCCCGCAGACUCCUGUUCAAGGAGCGCCGAAUAGCAACGCGCAGUCCACGCCAACGAACCAGACGUCGCAGAGUCAGUCGGACAAGCAGCAGCAGCAGCACAUCGAGUGCGUGGUGUGCGGCGACAAGUCGAGCGGCAAGCACUACGGCCAGUUCACAUGCGAGGGCUGCAAGAGCUUCUUCAAGCGCAGCGUGCGGCGCAACCUCACAUACACGUGCCGCGCCAACCGGAAUUGUCCCAUCGACCAGCACCACCGCAAUCAGUGUCAGUACUGCCGCCUCAAAAAAUGUCUCAAAGUUGGCAUGAGACGGGAAGUUUCUCUUUUUGCAGCGGUCCAGAGGGGCAGGAUGCCACCCACGCAGCCGCACCACGGCCAGUUCGCCCUGACGAACGGGGACCCGCUGCACUGCCAUUCCUACUUAUCGGGAUAUAUCUCUCUGCUGCUGCGAGCAGAGCCCUACCCCACGUCGCGCUAUGGCAGUCAGUGCAUGCAGCCCAACAACAUCAUGGGCAUCGAGAACAUUUGCGAACUGGCGGCGCGCAUGCUGUUCAGCGCCGUGGAGUGGGCCAGGAAUAUUCCCUUCUUCCCCGACCUGCAGAUCACAGACCAGGUGGCUCUGCUCAGGCUCACCUGGAGCGAGUUGUUCGUCCUCAACGCGGCCCAGUGCUCCAUGCCACUGCAUGUAGCUCCUCUGCUAGCCGCCGCAGGCCUCCACGCCUCCCCCAUGUCUGCGGACAGAGUGGUCGCCUUUAUGGACCACAUUAGGAUCUUCCAGGAGCAAGUUGAAAAGCUCAAAGCAUUACAUGUCGACUCGGCCGAAUACAGCUGCUUAAAAGCCAUCGUGUUAUUCACCACGGAUGCUUGCGGGCUGUCAGACGUGGCCCACAUCGAAAGUUUGCAGGAGAAGUCGCAGUGUGCACUGGAGGAGUACGUGCGGAGCCAAUACCCUAACCAGCCUACGCGAUUUGGGAAGUUAUUACUACGCCUGCCUUCUCUGCGCACAGUGUCCUCUUCGGUCAUAGAGCAAUUAUUUUUCGUCCGAUUGGUAGGUAAAACCCCAAUUGAAACCCUCAUCCGGGAUAUGUUGCUGUCAGGGAGCAGUUUUAACUGGCCAUAUAUGUCCAUUCAAUAAGCAGAAGGAAGGAUCGGAAAUGGGGGUCCAUUAGUUAGCGCUUCUUUUUGUAGAAGAAACCGGCUGUUACACGAGUUUACUUUCACGGAAAAGAGACGUUUUUCAUAAAUGACUGUGAAUCUUCAAAUCUGAGACAUUUAAUGAAAACUACCUGGGGG